UCAAAAAAAGACAUGGAAAUACUAUCAUACAUUACAAUAAUUGGCUGUAGCUUUUCUCUUGUUGCCCUGGUCAUCACCGUUUUACUUUUCAUCACAAACAGGACACUCAGAGAAGAUCUUUCUAUGAACAUCCACAUCAAUCUCGUCAUCGCCCUGAUCCUCCUCAACCUGCACUUCCUGCCCAGUCAGGCAGUGGCAGCACACCCCUCCACUUGGCUCUGUUUCUACAUGGCUCUUGCCCUUCACUACUCCCUGUUGGCCACUUUCACCUGGAUGGCCUUGGAGGGGUUCCACCUCUACCUUCUCCUAGUUAAAAUCUUCAACAUUUCUGUCAGCAGAUACAUUCUCAAACUCAGUGUGGUGGGAUGGGGUGUUCCUGCAGUGAUUGUGUCAGUGGUGGUGAUCAUAGACAGAGGCUUUUAUGGCCAUGUCCUUCUAGACAAGUCAAACCAUGAUGACACUAAAAUAUGCUAUAUAUCUAAUGAAAUAGUGAAGGUGGUCACUACCACUGGACUGUUCACCAUGGUGUUCCUCUUUAACAUGACCAUGUUUAUGGUGACAGUCAAGCGUGUUUUGAAUGUUGGGUAUAACAAAGAGUUUGGGCAGCUUCACCAUAAACAGGUCAGGAAAGCAAUUUGCGCCCUGCUGGGUGUCAGCGUUCUGCUCGGGAUUACUUGGGGCCUGGUUUUCUUCUCAUUUGGUUACCUGACCACUGUUGCCCUCUACCUCUUCUGUGUUCUGAACUCCCUGCAAGGGUUCUUCAUCUUCCUGUGGUUUGUGAAGUCACUGAGAAAGGGUAAAAGCUCUGCCCCUAAGAUAAGCAGUGAAGCAACUUCCCCCAACAGAAAGCUUAACAAAAACUAA